GAUUCAUGUUGCACAAGAUUUUUUUUUUUGUGUGAAUAGGAAUAUCUCGUGUAUGUAUAUAACCACCUCACACCCCUCUUCCUCUACCUAAGUGAUACUCUCCGUCGUACUUUGCCGGAAAACGUUCAGUUUCGCCAUAAAUUCCGGUGGUACAGACCACAGUUUCACUAGGUUCGAAGGAAAGUUAUCUCACUUUCUGUUACUGGAUCUAUAAUCUUUCAUCCUUGAAUCACACUUUUGUAAUCCAAUUUCAAUCUCUCUAUCCAAAAAUGAGAACAAAAAUGGCGAAUCAAUGUUUGAACAUAUCACAACAUUCAAUCCCACACUCUCCUUCUCCAUCGCUACAAACGUUAGCCUCUGCAAUCUCAUCACCUUCAUCAAAACGACGCAGUUUAACUCACCUCGCUCUCGCGUACCGUUACAUCCACCGGUCUGCAAUAUUCGGAACCAAAUUGAACAGAUCUGAAACACCUAAAACACAUCAUCGAAUCAAACGAUCUGUUUCCGCUCAAUUUUCCGAUGAGGAAUUCUCGAAGCAGAUUAAUGAAUUAGCUCUCCGGUUUCAGGUUUCCGAUGACGUUGAAAGUAACCGAAACUACGACGGUUUGGAAACGGAAUUGGAGUGGCAGGGGGAUAUGAUUCCGGCGAGUAUAGAACGGAAAGCGAACAGUGUAGAUCUACCGUUUUCGCUGCGAAUAAUUAAGCGAAAGAAACAAUGUAUAAAAGAAGCAGGUCAAUCGGCUUAUUGUUCAGUGAAAAAAGCGUUUUCAUCAAUGGUGUUUAUAAUCCGUGAGCUUCAAAGCUACACGUUACAGAUGAGAGAGGUUUUAUAUUACGAAGAUUUACAACAUAUAUUAGUCAGAGUUCAAAAGGAGAUGAACGCCUCUUUUGUUUGGUUGUUUCAGCAGGUGUUUUCACAAACACCUACUUUAAUGGUGUAUGUUAUGAUUCUGUUAGCUAAUUACAGCGUCCAUUCAAUGUCAUACAACUUUGCGAUUCCAGCGGAAACCACAACUGUAACCACCACAACAGUGGAGUCGGUUUCCAAAACUAAAUUUGAUUCAUCGUCUGUGAAAACAUUUGUUACGAAUUCGGGUGGGAAAACGACGUCGGUUGGCGGAAACAACAACGGCGGCGGUGGAAACUUCCGGCCGGUGGCUAGUGGAACUGACGGUGACGGAAGGUUUGACGGAUCUGUAACGGCGUCAUCAGCGGUUGGGGAUCAGUUGAGAACAAGUGAAGAGUCGGUUUCUGGUCAGGCGAGUGAGGAUGAGGAGCUCGAGUCGUGGAAUUCCGUUGUCGAGGAAGCUGAUAGAAUGCAAAAUGUGAUCGGAGAUGACGGUUUGGAUCGUGAGACGAUGAAGAGAUUUGUUUCUCCGGUGACGGUGAAGAUUGAGGAAGAAGAUGUAACGGGUUAUUUCAAAACGGAGCUUCUUUAUCAAACGGGUUUGUCACAGGAACCCGAUAACCCGUUACUUCUAGCCAAUUAUGCUCAGUUUCUAUAUCUCGUUGCACGAGAUUACGAUAGAGCUGAGGAUUACUUCAAGAGGGCUUCUACGGUUGAACCAAAGGACGCAGAGGCGCUAAACAAGUACGCGAGCUUUUUAUGGCAAGUUAGAAAGGAUUUGUGGGCGGCUGAAGAGACAUAUCUGGAAGCGAUAUCUGCGGAUCCUAACAACUCGUUUUAUGCUGCGAAUUACGCGCAUUUCUUAUGGAGUACCGGUGGCGAAGACACUUGUUUCCCUCUUGAUUCGGCAGAGGAUGUGUAAAGUAACUGGCUGGCUCGGGUUUAGGUUAGACAGUUGGGAUAAUAAUCGGGUUUGUGCGGUGAAAUUGGACGUUGUUUUGAUGGUGGUGAAGGUUGGAAUGCACAAGGGAAAGUAUGAAUUUUGUAUAAUUUUGGUAUCCCGGCUAAUGGUGGUUUUGAAAAAGGAUGAAAGUUGUAAUUAAAAAUUUGUUGAUAUGUAAUUACAAGUGAAAAUGAAAUUAGACGGAAAGCAACUACUUUUUUUACGUAUUCUCGUGCAUUAAGAUCGUUCAUCAAAAGGUCAAAAGUU